AUGGCUAGGGUAGGGCUAGCUUAUAAAUUAGGUAAGAAGGAAAAAGGGAAGAACAAAUAUAGGAGUUAUAAAGAGGUAGGUCAAAUUAUAAGCUUAUAUAUAUUACUAGAUACUAGAAAGAAAAUAUAUCUAUUAUAUAAGACGUACGCAGACGGCGCUAAGAUCCGGCUAAGGAUUCGGCAGCACGUCUCGUGGAACUCUCUGGCCCUGCCCGGCGUACGGAGGCGCUGGCAACCCAGUCGAUGGCAACUUCCUCGUGGCUUGAACCAGGGUCUUUCUAACAUCUGCGCCCUAGCCGGGUACGGCGACGAGAACAACUUCAUUUCCUUAGCCUCAAGACCACCGCCCUUCCCAUGGAGGACCACGCAGAUGCAAGACGCCGAAACCCCCGCCUCAAACCGUACCAGUACAGAAGCUAACAAGAAAUUCCCCCACGCCCUCCGACUCUUUACCAGCACCUAUACCAUCGUCUACCGCCGCUUCGGCGACAACACCAUCCUCUCAUACCUACAUGUCACCCUCGUUUUCAUUUACCACCUCACCUUCUGCCCUGACGCCAUAGCCCAUGUCGCCCCUCAUUUACCCUGGAAGCUGACAGCACUCAUGCUGAAUCCGUUGGUUUCGUUUUCCUCGUCUUCUGCUGAACAGCAGCACAACGGUUCGAAUCUGUUAGAGAGUGAGGGGUUCCCCGCCAUCCGGGAGGUCCGGAAGGGUGAGGACGAGGAUGUCGAGGUUACUAAGACGACGAAAGAGGAGAGUUCUGCAGGCAAUGGGGGCCAGGAGAACACCAAGUCCUUGAAAUUGGACCUGGCCCGCCGCGGCCGCCGCCCGCUGCCAGACGACUACGCUAUGAGAGGGUUCCCUUGGGUCGAGCGGUAUUUCCCCGGUAACUGGUUCAACACGGACAAGAGGGUUGAUGAUGACGACAAGUACCUGGAGCUAGCCUCUAUGAUUCUGGAGAGGAGGAACAGGUUGUUGUGGCUGGGUACCAGGAUGUUCGGCGUCAACCCGGCAUAUGAGGUUGAGCUCGAUCUGCAGUUACCGGAAAUGCCACCUAUCCCGAGUCAGAGCGUGGAUAUGGAUAUUGAGGAUUUGCCUGAUGCGGGGAGCGUGGCGUGA